AGUGCAUUCUUACUUUCUUUUCAUUGUCCCAAGCAGGUAGAGGUCAUCUUUGCACAUGAGACUAUUAUGCGAAGAUAUGCUUGUGAAACUAGACAUGCUACUAUUAGCAUUGUAGUAGGUUCUUCUAUAAUUGCAUUUGCUUCUACUGCAAUGGAGAAAAUUAACAGCACUGAAAAUUUCAUUCUUCUGGCAGAUAGAGACAAUUUUUCUGAUAUUAUAAAUUACUUUUUCUCAUGA